AUGACUGACUUUUCAUUUCAUUUUCAACAGACUCUUUGCAAGAUAGGCACACUUUCAGAUUCAGGACCAACGACAAUACUGAUUAGACCAGAUGGGGAAACUAUUGACAGCUUUGGUUUUGAUGCUGAGGCAAGGUAUGCCGAACUUGCCGAGGAUAGAGAACACAAAGAAUGGUACUUCUUCAAGAGAUUUAAGAUGCAGCUCUUUGACAAAAUCGGUCUUAGUGGAAGUUUUACUAUAGUCGAUGCCAGUGGAAAACCCUUACAAGCAAAAACGGUUUUCAGUUUGUCUAUACGUUAUCUCAAGGAUGACCUUAUGGAUAUGUCUGAAAGACAGCUGAUGGAUCAACACUUGGAAGAGAAAGAUAUUCACUGGGUGCUGACAGUACCUGCAAUUUGGAAUGAUGUUGCAAAGCAAUUUAUGAGAGAAGCCGCCGAAAAUGCCGGAUUGAAAGCGGAAAAUGUAACAAUUGCCUUAGAACCGGAAUCUGCGUCUUUGUAUUGUCAACAUAUCCCGGCUACUAAAUCACACAAUUCACUUGGAAAACUUCCAGCUGGCAGCAUAUAUCUCAUUCUAGACGCUGGAGGUGGAACAGUUGAUGUCACGGCACAUCAGGUUAUGUCAGACGGAAUUCUCAAAGAAAUUCACCAGGCCACUGGCGGUGACUGGGGAGGGACAAAAGUUGAUCAGGCAUUUGAAAAAUUCAUAUGUGAAAUAACAGGCGAGGGCGUCAUGGAUUCAUUCAAAAAUAAAGCAAUGGAAGAUUACCUUGAUCUAAUGAGAUGUUUUGAAGUUAAGAAGAGAGAAAUAAAAGCAUCAAGUGACAGACAAAUAACCUUAAAGAUGCCUGUAGCUUUGAUUGACGAGACUGAAGAUCUCACAGGCAUAACAAUCCGGGAAAAUGUUCAAUAUUCAACUUAUAGGGACCAAAUAAAGCUUGCAGGUGACAAAAUAAGACUUGAUCCUGAUAUUAUGAAAGGCUUCUUCACAGAAUCGUUGGAAAGCAUUGUCAACCAUUUAGAGGAUCUCUUUCGUUUACCGCAAUUGCAAGAAUGCCAAACAAUACUUAUGGUAGGUGGUUAUUCCGAGUCGUCCAUUCUUCAAGAAAGAAUAAAAGCUUGUUUUCGUGAGAAGAAUGUGAUAAUACCAGCUGAUGCAGGACUUGCUGUUCUAAAGGGAGCGGUAAUUUUUGGUCACAACCCAUCUUUGAUUGCGGAAAGAAUAUGCAGGUUUACGUACGGAACUACAGCCACACAUAUAAAAGAAAGUUCAUGCGCCCAUCGUGAAACAACAACUUUUAUUGCAGAAGGAAAAGAACGUUGCGAUGAUAUAUUUAGCGUCCAUGUCCGUGCUGGAGAUGUUGUCAAAGUAGGUGAUUGGCAAGAAGAACGGUCAUAUUUACCAGUUUAUCCGACACAGACGUCUAUAUUGUUUGGUAUUUAUUGUACAAAGAAUCGCUCACCUGAACUAGUAACUGAUUCAGGCUGUGUAAAAUUGGGUGAGGUUGAGCUUCCUAUGCCAGAUACAACAGGUGGUGUCAAUCGUAAAGUAUUUGCAAGUUUUCGAUUCGGUGGUACGGAGCUUGAGGUGAAAGUAAUUGAUAAAUCAGCAGGGACGGAAAGAAAAAUUUCACUGUCAUUUUUAGGUUGAUAAUUGUGUUGAAAUCAUGUAACAUUUCAACACUGAUGACGAAAUAUUAAUAUUUAACUCAUCUGUUGAUUUAAAGGAACUCCACUGAGGUUCAAAGGCCUAAAAACAUAAAAUUUGAAUUUGUUUCAUAGAUCAGUUGGGACAUUUAAAACAGAUAGAUAUGCAGAAGAUAAGUAAGAACUGUACUCUGAAAGUAAGUGAAAAUCGUAUUUUGUGUUAUUCUUAGCCCACUUUGCAACGCUUUUUAGUUUUGGGUCAUAUUUUACAAUAUGAGUAAAUAUUCUAAAAAGAACAGAGUGAGCGAAUGAUCUGAAAUGUGCACACAAGUCUAGACCUACAUCAAAUGGAACAUAAAUCUGAAUUAAAAAUUAUCUCUGGUCCUGUCAAAACAUCAGUAGCGUCCCUUUAAAGCAACUAUCCCACACAUUGUAGUUUGGGCGUUUUUUUAAAAAAAUGUCAUCAACGCAGACUCGUUCAUUUAUAUGAUAACAUAUCAUUAAUACAUGUCUUUUCGACAAAAAACAUCUAAUUUAAGUAUGUCCAAUGUUAAUCCUGCUGUAAUUUCAAACCGUUGCAAAGUUUAUUUUUUUUAUGUGGGAGAGAACUUCUCAGAGAAGCUUUAACAUUUGUUAUUAUUCUAUAUACAUGUCUGUUGAGAAUGUAUUUACAGAAUAGAACCACAUAUAUUCCGUAUUGUACAUUCAAAUUUAUAAUAACCUUUUUAUUAUAUAUAUUUCGUUUAAUUUGAAAUAUCAUCAUCAUCACACCAACAAAUCAUCCACUCCACCACCAUUAUCAGUAACAAAACCAUUACCACUAUCAUCAACAUCAUCAAUAUAACCACUAAAACAACAACCACUACCACCAUCAUCAAUAAUAGCCCUAAGACCCCUGUCAAUUUUUUUUAGAAGAAAAUGUAAUAAUUCAUGAAUGCUUUUGUAUUAUACAUACUUAUUAAGUUUUAUGAUUUGACUGAUACAAUGAAUACUUUUUAGACGUUAUUUAUCAUUACUUAUUGAUCAUUUUCUGUGAGUUCAAAAAAAUAAAAGUUAACAUUGUCAAUUAUACAUUGUUACAACAUUUAUCAUACAUAUCUGUUUAAUAAACAUCAUAAUAUUAUAUAACAGUAAAUCCGAAAAAUAUCAAAUUGAAACCCCAUAUCUCAAUUAUCACAUUGGCAAUACAACAUGUAUCACAGAAACAUAAUUAUAAAACAGUAAAUCAGAAAAAAAAUAUUACCAGCUGUUGUAAGCAUAUAAUAACAAAUGUCUUUAUGCAAGCAGGGUUCCCGGUCUUGAAUUUAUUAAAGAUUGAUAUCGGAAACCAGACCAGCAUCGUUUUGUGCACAUGUACCCAACCGUCCAAUAUGAAAAUAAUAUAUGUGUUUAUCCAAUACGGGAAUAUAUUGGACGGUACAAAUGCAGAUUGUCGAUUGGUUAGAUUUAUCAGAUAUAAAAUAAGUAUUAAUAUUGUUUCUAUCAUAUUCUUACAUUAUUAUAGAGCGCUGAUUAAUUAUGCAGUUAUGUAUUUAAAGCAACUAGAAACUGAAAACAUAGAAUUACAUGUACAUGAAAUUUUGAAACUUAAAUUUUAAUUUUCUUUCUUAAAAAACAUAUGCGUCUUUUGACAACAAUUAUUUUGUUUUUCACACUCAUUAACAUAGUCAUCUGUAGAUUUUUGUUUGUUCUAAUUUGUUAAUUUUGCCGUAAUAACCUACAUUAUAUGAAUGACAUAGUUUGUUGAAAGAUAAUUUAGUGCAAGAGUGAAAUGUGAGUAUCUAGGUUCCUUGUAUUGUAUGUUUUUACUUUUGUCAACUAUUUUUAUUUAACAAUUAAAGGUCAAUGCAUGAUGCGUAUGCCAUUGUUGUUUUGUUCGUAUUGAAUCAUAGCUACAUUUAUUUAUUUAUUUACUUUUUAGUCAUUUUGACUAUGUAAGUUUUGUUAUAUAUAUUCAGAGCAAAUUGUUUUACUAAUUAAGUUAACAAGUUACACCAUUUAAAGGGUGGUAAACUUUCUACAGAAACGUAAAUCAUGAUAACGGAACAUAACGUAGCAUAUCAUUGUUUUACAAAGGAGAAAGAAAACUGAUAUAUAAGACAGCUUUGAAAGGUGUAGCACUCAUUAACUGAUCCAAUGAAGACGAGUCUGUGAUUUUAAUUGUAUGUCAUUGCUCUGAUUAAGUGAUCUCCCUUUCAAGGGUUUUAAAAAAUCUAGAGCAUGUCAAUUCUUGCCAUACUUACCUUUGGAACAUGUCUGUUGAGAAUGAAUUUACAGAAUAGAACCACAAUUUAGACAUAUAAAUUAAACAUAAACAGUUUCAAUAAAAAAUACACCUUGCUUAUAUACAGUAAUGGCAAAAACACAAUAGUAUCGUAAAUAGAUCUAAUUUAGUUUUGUUUUGGAAAUAUAAAAAUACAUAUUCCCAUGACUCAUAAAACAAUGCUAUCUUUCGCUGGAACACUGGAUAUUAUCUAAUUUGUUCUAAAUGUAAAUGAAUCAAAGCUAAUUAAAUGUGGACAUAUUGACCAAUUCAAGAAAGACUGGAACAAUGUUUCAAUAUAUUUUAUUGGGUACUAUAAUUUCUUAUCCAAAUUAUUUUUCCAUCAGUCAAUGAUAAUGUGAAUCAACCAAAUACUUUGGAGUAUUGAUUUUGUAUCGGCCUUUGUCAUUUUGGUGAUCAAACUUGCAGUCUUUCGAAUAAUUAAUUUAAGAAAGUAAGAUUUGCCCCAACCAGAAGUAGUACGUGUGGGUGUGUGAGUGCGUUUGUGUAUGG